GUUGACAUAGGCAGGUCGUUCUUCUUACAGGUAAGGUGAAUGUUAUUAUUCCACGUUACCUACCUAGUCGAUACCUGUCAUGCAACAAAGAUGAAUUUAAUACACAAUUAACACAAACACACACAAAACACACUUUCUCUUAUCCUAUUUUUCUUUUCUAUUUAGCUAACUUAACACGAGCUCUCAUUUUCCAUAAACCAUAUAAUUGUUUGUCAAAGCAAGAUUACUCUAAAGAGUUUUCUACUUGAGAAUUGAAGCCUUAAUUAGAGCUUGUAAAACAUCAUAAACUUAACUAAAAAGGCGAUCCACGUAUGGCGAUGCACACCAGUGCUUUAUCACUCACUAUCGUCGGCAUUUUAGGCAACAUAAUUUCAAUAUGUGUAUACCUAUCUCCAUUGCCUACAUAUUAUAGAAUCUACAAGAAGAAAUCAACAGAGGGAUUCCAAUCAGUGCCUUAUGUGGUAGCACUCUUUAGUGCAAUGCUUUGGUUAUAUUAUGCACUCCUCAAGAAGAAGGAAUACUUCCUCAUUAGCAUCAAUUCUGUUGGUUGCAUAAUUGAGACUUUAUACAUCGCCUUUUACUAUGUUUACGCCUCUAGAAAGGCCCGGAUUUUUACAGGCACGCUAGUUCUUUCGCUUAAUCUGGUGAUCUUUUCUAUGAUUGUUCUGAUCGUUCAAUUAAAACUAAAUGAUGGGAUAGACCAGGUUAAAGUUCUUGGUGUUAUUUGUGCUGUUGUUUCCAUUGCUGUUUUUGCAGCUCCAUUGACUAUCAUGGUGAAAGUAAUUCGAACAAAGAGUGUUGAGUACAUGCCAUUCACUUUAUCCUUCUGCCUCACGUUGUGUGCGAUCAUAUGGUUCGCAUAUGGACUAUUACGAAAAGACCCCUUUAUUUCUAUUCCGAACAUUUUUGGUUUCGUCUUGGGAGUACUCCAGAUGGUAUUAUAUGCAGUCUGCAAAAACUGCUGCAUCCCCCAGGAAACAGCAGUUCAGACGAAUUCAGGCAAUCCUACCAACUUGGUCACCGGAAACAUGGCAGAUCGAAAGGACAUAAGCAACGAACCACCCCAAACUAAACUCUCAACUAUUGAUCCUGCAGUCUGAUUUCUGAUAUAGAGUUUAGCUUAUGUAUUUAUUAGGAAAAUUAGGAUCAUCAUCAUAUUCAUAUAUGGAGUAAAAUCAAAUGUAAUUCCCAACAACCAUUUUUGUUAUUCAAUGCAACUAUAUAUGAACUACCUAAAUUACUGUCA